AUGAAAAAUAGAACAGUUGUCCUAUUGGUCAUUAUCUACAGUGCUAUCUCAGUUCUUGGAGAACCAGUUGUAGUAUCAUAGUCAUUCUAAGGAAAUGGGUUCAAUGAUGCAGAUGGUAAUUUUAUAAUGUAAUUUGAUAGGCUGGGUUGUAGCUGGUGGACUAGCUCAUGUUACUGAGUGCAGUGGCACAAAAAUGUUUGGAGGCUUUGGUAAAUUUGGUGGCAAAGCGGUUGCAAGCAAGUUAUUUGAAUUGCCUCCUCACUCUUCAAUAAACUUGAAAGUUUAAUUCUGGAAGUAAGAUAGAUUACCUAAGUUUCUUAGAAUUGAUUCAUGGGAUAAUGAAGAAGGAUACAUUUUUGUAGAUGAUUAACUUGUAUGGUCAAGAAAAUUUAGACACAAUGAAGGUGAUGGAUAAAAGUGUGGAUAAGGUGGUGAUUGGAAAGAAAUGACCCUUAAUCUUGAUUUAAAUAUAAAACAUACUGGUGCAACUGCUGUUGUUAUAUUUACAUCAAAUUUGAAUGAAGCUGCCGAUAAUGUAUAUUUUUUGAUCUUAAGAAAUAGGAAUCUUGGGCCAUAAGAGAUUUUGUUUUAUCCGUAGAAAGAUGCCCAGAGGGUUGCUCUGCUUGUUAAGUUGAUGACAAGGCUGAAAAUUGCCAAUUCUGGUAAUCAUUUUCUAGCAGUUGGGGAGCUCUAGAUCAUAACUAAUUAGGAGCUGAUGGUUGGGAAGUUGCAGGUGGAUAAAAGUCAGCUACUGAUUGUGGAGGUAAUGAAUUUUAAAUAUCUUUUUAAAGGUGUUGCUUUAUUCGGUGGAUUCGAUAAAACUGGGUCAAAAACAGUGGUUAGCAAAGUCUUAAAAAUUAACCCCCAUUAUAAAUUAAAAAUUAAAGUUCUUUGGGCUAAGAUUGACUCUUGGGACAAUGAAGCUGCAUAAAUCAAAGUUGAUGGAAAAAUGGUAUGGGAAAGAAGAUUUUAAUGGCAUGAGGGUUACUUUGGUAAGAUCUGUGGUUGCCCUGUCUUUGAAUGGAAAACUAUAUUUGCUAGAACUGAAGUGGAUAUUGAUCAUACUGGUGAUUAAGCUAAAGUUGAAUUUACUUCAACUCUAAAUGAAGCUCCAAACAACGAAUCUUUUGGUUUAAGAGAUUUAUAUAUCUUCUAUGCAUCCUGUUCUGAAAAUUGUGCUGAAUGUACAGGACCUAAAGAAUCUGAUUGCAAGAGUAUUAAAAUUUAUAAUAAUUUAGAAUGUGCUAAUAAUUGGGCUUUAGUUGAUGGUAAAUGUUAAGCUUUACCAAAUUUCAUUCUUUUAGAAUAAUCCUUUUUGGAAGAUAAAUUCACAGGAAUAAAUGGAUGGAUUCUUAAUAAAAAUAAAGGAGGAAGAUUAAUUAAUGAAUGUAGUGGUAAAUCUAUGGUUGGAGGAUUUGAUAUUAUGGGUAUUGGUGCUAGUGCUACUAAAACAUUUGAUAUACCACCACAUAAAAGACUUAGACUCUAAUCUACUCUAUACAAAAUUGAUUCUUGGGAUGGAGAAUUUAUGAUCAUCAAAGUAGAUGGAACUGAUGUAUGGAAAACUUCAUGGAAUCUUUAAACAGGAGGUGCUAAUUUCUGUGGAUAAGGAAUUUGGUUUGAUGGUAUUGUAGGAGUUGAUUAGAUCUUUAAUCAUUAAGCACCAAAGGCAGAAGUUGUAUUUACAUCCACUUUAAAUUAAGAUGCUGCUGAUGGUAAUUAAAUAUUUUUUAAUCUUUUAGAAUCAUGGGGUUUCAGAGAUUUCAAAUUAUGGUAUGAACCUAAGGAAGCUUGUGCAGUUUUCUAUAGUGAAUGCGAUUACAAAGGAGCUUCAUUUGAAUUCUGUUCAAAAUCACCUGAUUUCUAAAAGGAUAACAUUCCCCCAUAAAUUAGAUCUAUUAGAAUUCCACCUUAAGGAAGAGUUACAUUAUAUGAAAGCACAGAUUAUAAUGGAAAGAAGGUCACUUAUACAUCAGAUCAAGCUUGUAUUCAAAACUUUGAUGUAAAAAUUUAAUGUUAUUGCUAUAGUUUUCAUUGAUUUAGAUGAGUGGACAUGUUGAAGGAGGUUGGAUCGAAGUUGAACAAUGAUU